UGUCGCACUGCACCCUCUCACCUAAGACCGCAGCGAAGUUCGACCAUCUUGAUCUCUCUUGGCGCCGAUCCUCCCCUCCCACAUAUCCACAUCACGCCUACAACUGGAGCACCGCCGCAACCUUAAGCAGCAGGCAACACAUCAACCCAGGGUCCAUAACACGAGAAGCAACCCGCCGCCACAAUGAGUACCGGAGCAAAGAAGCGAAUCAUGAAGGAGUACGGUGAAUGCAUGGCUGAUACGCCUGCGGGCAUGAAAAUCAACUUUGACGAAAAGAACAUGACCAAGUGGGAAGUCAUCAUGGACGGCCCCGAGCAGUCUGUCUACGCCGGUGGCCACUUCAAGCUCGAGAUUACCUUCCCUACCGAAUAUCCCUUCAAGCCGCCGGUCGUCAGCUUCCGCACCAAGAUCUACCACCCGAACGUGAGCAACGAUGACAAAGGGUCAAUGUGCCUGGGUCUGCUACGGGCCGACGAGUGGAAGCCACCGAACAAGGUCGUCUCUGUCCUCCGUCUUAUUCAGACGCUCUUGAUCGAGCCCAACCCGGAUGAUGCCAUCGAGCCUUCGAUCGCCAACGAGUAUAGGGAGAACCGCAAGGAGUUUGAGAAGUCGGCGAAGGACUGGGUCAAGCGUUACGCCAAGUGAGAAGGCGUUGGGUGGACACUGGAUAAGGAGAGAAGUCCUGGGGACAGAGCCGCGCAUGUCCGACACGAGGUGCAUUUUUUUGGGCGUUCGGCGAAACUUGCAUGCGGUUGGAGAUGGGUUCUGAGUCUGACCGGUGAUGGGAGAAUAAGCAAUGUGUAUACGGACGAGUUGAUUUUUGCGCUGCCGGAAGCAUUAUCGGACAUUAUGCAAUGCAAAUGCAGGGCAGGGUUC